GCCAGAGCUGCCCGCGGCGCCGCGCUCCUGCACGCUCCGGACCUGCCCCCACAGGUGCCAUGACUCAGCCGCCCCAGGAGGGCUUCGACAGGAGCGUGGAGGACGCCCUCAAGUGGAUGAAGGCCGUGCAGGAGCGACUGCAGGUCAACGACAACACCCAGGGGCCCCGGGCGGCCCUGGAGGCCAGGCUGCGGGAGACCGAGAAACUGUGCCAGCUGGAGCCGGAGGGACGUGUGAAGGUGGACCUUGUACUGCAGGCGGCUGAGACCCUCCUGGCGUGCUGCCAUGAGGACCAGAAGCCCCCAGUCCUGGCCCAGCUGAAGGACAUCAAAGCCCAGUGGGAGGAGACGGUCACUUACAUGAUUCACUGUCACAGCCGCAUCGAGUGGGUGUGGCUCCACUGGAGCGAGUACCUGCGGGCUCGCGAUGAGUUCUACCGCUGGUUCCAGAAGAUGACCGUGGCGCUGGAGGCCCCCGUGGAGCUGCAGGUGGGCCUGAAGGAGAAGCAGUGGCAGCUGAGCCAUGCCCAGGUGCUGCUGCACAACGUGGGCAACCAGGCCGUGCUCCUGGACCGGCUGCUGGAGGAGGCGGGCUCCCUGUUCUGCAGGAUCGGGGACCCCAGCGUGGACGAAGAGGCCCAGAAGAGGAUGAAGGCUGAGUACGGGGCGGUGAAGGCCAAAGCCCAGGACAGAGUGAAUCUGCUGGAGCAGAUGACCCGGGAGCAUGAGCGUUUCCAGGCAGAUGUGGACGAGUUCCAGCUGUGGCUGAAGGCGGUGAUGGAUAAGGUGAGCAGCUGUGUGGGACGCAGCUGCAAACUGUCCACCCAGCACCGGCUCUCCAUGCUGCAGGACAUCGCUGAUGAGUUUCCGAGGGCUGAGACAUCCUUGAGGCGGCUGGAGGAGCAGGCCGUGGGCGUCAUCCAGAACACGUCCCCACUGGGUGCAGACGGGAUCGCCGAGGAGCUGGAGGACAUGCGCAGGGUUCUGGAGAAGCUGCGUGUCCUCUGUGGGGAGGAGGAGGGCCGGCUGCAGGGCCUGCUCAGGUCCAGGGGAGCCUGUGAGAAGCAGCGGCGGCAGCUGGAGACCGAGCUGGGAGAGUUCCGGAAGGACCUCCAGAGGCUGGCCGAGGAGGGCCUGGAGCCCCCCACGAAGGCGGGAACCGAGGACGACCUGGUGGCCCGCUGGAGACGCUACUCGGCGACACGGAUGGCCCUCGCGGCCGAAGAGCCCCGGGUGGCCCGGCUGCAGGCCCAGCUGAAGGAGCUCAUCGCCCUCUCCUGUGAGCCGCAGCCGCUCUCCGACAGCGUGGUCGCCGCCCUCCAGGAGUUCCAGAGCCUGAAGGGGCAAAGCGCCAAACUUCACAAUGCCACAGGGCUGGAGCUGUGGCAGCGUUUCCAGCGGCCCCUACAGGAUCUGCAGCUGUGGAGGGCCCUGGCGCAGAGGCUCCUGGACAUCACCGCCAGCCUGCCAGACCUGCCCGCCAUUCACACCUUCCUGCCCCAGAUUGAGGCGGCGCUGGCCGAGAGCUCGCGCUUGAAGGAGCAGCUGACGGGGCUGCAGCUGAAGAAGGACUUGCUGCAGAGCAUCUUCGGCCCGGACAGAGCCGCGGCCCUCCUGGAGCAGGUGGCGAGCUCUGUGCGGGACAGGGACCUGCUGCACAACAGCCUUCUGCAGAGGAAAAGCAAGCUGCAGAGCUUGCUGGCCCAGCACAAAGAUUUUGGGGCUGCUUUUAAGCCCCUCCAGAAGAAGCUCUCGGACCUCCAAGAGAGGGUCCAAACCGAGAAUGGGCUUCAGCAGGACCUUCCUCGCAAACAGGCCCAGCUCUCGAGGUUGCAGGGGCUUCAGGAAGAAGGCCUGGACCUGGGGGCACAGAUGGAGGCCCUGAGGCCUCUCAUCCAGGGGAACCCCAGCCACCAGCACAAAAUGGACCAGCUUUCCACCAACUACCAGGCCCUGCAGAGAUCUCUGGAGGACCUCACGGACAGGUGCCAGCAGGGCGUGCGGGAGCACUGUACCUUCUGCCACGAGCUGUUGGAGCUGCGGCAGUGGAUCGCCACGGUCUCCCAGAAGCUGCAGUCACACCGGGAGGACACGGGCCCCUGGGACGCCCCGUCCCGAGAGGUCGAAGUCGAGAGGCUGCUGGCUGAGCUCCCGGAGAAGGAAGCCCAGCUGCCCCUGGUUGAAGCGCACGGCCAGCUGGUGAUGAAGAAGUCGUCUCCGGAAGGGGCUGCCGUGGUCCAGGAGGAGCUGGAGGAGCUGGUGGCGUCGUGGCAGGCCCUGAGGCGGCUGGAGGAAAGCCUGCUGAGCCUCAUCAGAAACCGGCAGCUUCAGAGGAUGGAAGUGGACUCGGGGAAGAAAAUGAUUUUCACCAACAACAUCCCAAAGGCCGGGUUUCUCAUCGAUCCCGUGGAUCCUGUUUCCAGGCGUCGCCGUCAGGCAAAUCCGCUCCAGGAUGAAGGCGGCCAUGAAGGUUUCUCCCGGCUCCAGAGGGACUUUGAGCAGUGGCUGGAGGAGGAAAAUGCCAAGCUGGUUAGAAUCAUCGCCAUGAGAACAGCCACCGCCAAGGAUCUGAGGACCCGGGAGACAAAGCUGCAGGAGUUGGAGGCUCGGGUGCCAGAAGGUCAGCAUCUCUUCGAGAACCUCCUUCAACUUGGGCCAGCAAGGGGGACCUCCAACGAGCUGGAGGACUUGCGGUACCAGUGGAUGCUGUACAAGUCCAAGCUCAAGGACUCCAGCUACCUGCUGACACAGAGUUCUCCAGGGGAGCCGACUGGAUUCCAAAAGACUCCGCAGUGGCCGUGGCCGUGGCGGUGGCCGUGGCGGUGGCGAGACCCCUGCGCGCUCUUCCGGAAGGCGUGCCGCGUGGCGCUGCCCCUGCAGCUGCUGCUGCUUCUCCUGCUGCUGCUGCUGUUCCUGCUCCCGGUCGGGGAGGAGCCCCGCAGCUGCUCGCUGGCCAACAACUUCGCCCGCUCCUUCCGGCUCAUGCUCCGCUACAGUGGCCCGCCGCCCACCUAACGGGUGGGGACGCAGGGGACUCUCCUCCCUGACCCUCCGCCGGCCCCCGGGCUGCUCCCCAGCCGCCGGCGGGGCCGCCUCAGUAUACAUACUGUAUUAAUGCGCCCCAAAGAAAACCACUUUUUAUACGGUGUUGUCUUAGUCUAUUUAUACGGAAGAUGGACUGUGCGUGACCAGGGAAUACCGGAUGGACUUUUGUAUCCUCUGUGCAUAGAUGCUCCAUCUGUAUUGUUUCAUAUAGGACAUCUCUUUGUAGGGGGACAUGCCUAGCAGUGUGCGUGUCCGGUGGGAUGGGGUGGCAUUUUUGCCCUGGUCUGCAGUGCCCCCAUCCCCGCCCCACCCCAAAAGCGGGAGCAAUAACAUGUCACUUACAGCCACUGCUUGCCCAGAAGCCAAGCCCCGAGCCCAGACGUCAGUGAGAAGACCCCCAGCUGUGGACGAGCCACACAGGCCCUCGCUCAGCGCCCAGUUACUCCUGCUUUGGACACAGUGAGGACAAAGGACAGCAGCUUAGACGCUCCGUGUUGGAAGCAGAAAUGGUGAUGAUCGAAGGCGGGCCUGGUAACAGCAGUGACAAGUGACAAGUGAUAUCAAGGAAUGAAAAGAAGAGCUGGAAGGAGCAGCCCCAGCACUGAAACAGCAGGAGGGCUCUGUGGGGGCGGGGAGGGGUGUGGAGAGCGGGAACCCCGCCCUCCGCCUCCCAUAGCACAGCGCCAUGCUGGACGUCUGGGGCCGUGACACUGAUCUGCCCGCAGCUGAGCCGGGGCUCCACGUGUUCUAUGCAAGGAGAAGAGAAAGAAACCUCAUCGCUGGGGUCUUCAUGCAGAAUGGGGAGCGCUGCGUGCUGGAUCCCUGGGGAAGACGUGUCCCUUCUGUCACCCUCGGGCUGUUUUUUCCUGGUCUGCACUGGAGCUGAAGGGCCAGGAGGGGAGCAGCCGGCACGCCAGGCACCAGGGAUCUGGGAUCCAGGACAGAGAUCAGAGAUGGACCUUGGAGCUGAGCCUGUCUUGGGGGGCUCUGCCUCUUCCUCCUCCAACAAGGAACUUCAGAGAGAGGCGGGUCUUCUGGGCCCAGAGUGUCCCACAGGUGUCCUCACAAGGGCCCAUGGCCGAGACCACCCCAAAUCCCAAACGAGGGUCCCUCUUGGCAGGGCUAGGCUGUUAAUCUCCCAGCACCCCCUGGGGAGGAGCAGGUGGGGGGGGCACUCCAUGCUGGGCCUUGAGGCUGGAAACAUGUCCCUUCCUCCCCAGGGAACUCUCGAUGGCUCCUAAGUGCAUUAUAACUGGAUCGUGUUUUCCCCUAAAAACACUAAGUGGCCUUUUAGAAAAUGCUUCGUGCCCAUUCUUUAUAAACUGAUUUCGUCUGUUCUCCUCUAGGAGGAGACCAAGGGGGGUGGGGUCAUACAGGCCUUUGGGGUCAUAAAGUGUCCAGACUCAGGAAGGCCCUCUAAAGGGAAGGAAAUUGAGGACCCAGAAGGGUCCUGAUUGACAGCACCAAGCCCCACCCCACAGACCUACACACAUGGCCUCUCCCUGUCCAGUGGCCAAGGGCCCAAAGCCAGGCCUCCCUGAAGCUCGGAGAAGCUGGACAUUCACAGGCAGGAAAAUGGUAUCGCUCAGAAGAGGUCUUGGUUUGCACUCGGAAAGCACACUUUUCGCCGGAUACCAAGAAACCGAACCACAAGACUAUUCACCGGGACCACUACCGUGGACACUCAGGGCUGAGGGAACCAAGGCCUUGGGCCCAGGUGGCUGAGCCCAGGAUGCUCCCUGGGCCAUGUGGGUCCGGUGCUGGAAGGUCAAGGUCAGACUAGGGCAGGGCCUUCGAGCAAUCUCCAUUUCCACUCUCCCACUUUGCAGGUGGGGAGGCUGAGGCCCAGCGAGGAGAGGAACUUAGCCAUGGCCACACAGGAAGAGGUGGGAAGGCCAGAGAGAGCCGGGCACCCCUGUCCCCAGGCUCACGGUGACAGGACCCCGCCCCCCACCAUGUCAGCAGCUCCACAAGGAAUAGGCACUCCAGGCGAAGGCAGCUGUGUCCCCUGUGGCCCCCAUCAGGGAGGGGGAGGGGAGGGCUACA